AUGACUUUAGUUCCCGAAGUUCAGGUUGACGAGGACGUUCACUCCGACUCCGAAGACUCCACCUUCACAGGCAACUCCAUCGCCGGAAGCACAUCAAUCGCUAGCAGCGUACUAAAGUACAAAUGGAAGCAUGGCCGUCGUUAUCACAGCGAUAGAGCGGGCGAAUACAGUUUUCCAAAUGAUGAUCAAGAACAAGAUCGACUUGAUAUGGUUCAUCAUGCUUUUACCCGCUUACUGAACGAUCGCUUGUUCACGGCACCUAUUAAAACUGAGGGCGCGCGGGUUCUUGAUAUCGGUACCGGAACGGGAAUCUGGGCUAUCCAAUUUGGAGAUGACCAUCCUUCUGCGACGGUGAUUGGAAAUGACCUCAGUCCGAUUCAACCAGACUGGGUUCCUCCCAAUGUCAAGUUCAUCAUCGACGAUGUUGAAGCCGAUUGGGUUGAUCCCGUACCUUAUGAUUACAUUCACUGCAAAUACAUGGCAGGCUCCAUCAAAGACUGGCCACGACUCUUGAAACAAGCUUAUGCCAACCUUAAGCCUGGAGGCUGGAUCGAAUUCCACGAAUCAGCCAACACAUUCUACUCAGAGGACGACUCGCUCAAACCCGACAAUGCACUAGUUGAAAUGAUGGAUCAUCUCAAAGUUGCUUGCGAAAAGAUCGGUCGAACCAUGGAUCCUGCGCCCAUGUUCAAACAAUGGGUCGAGGAAACUGGGUUUCAACAAGUUAAAGAAGAACGAUACAAACUUCCUAUUGGUCCAUGGCCUAAGGAUGAGCGUUUGAAGGAAAUUGGUACACUUAUGGGGAUCAACAUGGUUGAAGGUGUCGCUGCGUUUACAGCGGUGUUGUUCACUGAAGUAUUGGGUUGGUCAAAGGAGGAAGUUGAGGUUUUCAAUGCGAGAGUCAGACAGGCUUCGCGACAACGUUCUGUUCAUCCGAUAUUUGAUGUUUUGGUAGUUACUGGUCGGAAGCCAGAGUAG